AUGACGACUGUCGCGGAUUUAGAUUCAGAUGAAGGUGAGAGUAUCAAAGUAUCGUCCAGAGACGUUAGAAGGCAGAGGAAACAGAUAAUAGAGGAUGACAACGAUCAGAGUGGUGGACAAACUAGUGAGGAUAAGAGACGUAGACGGGAGAGACGAAGUCAUGGGAAGAGGAAAAAGCUCUCGAACAAGAACCUGCAGGGUGCGAAUGGGGGAUACGCUUGGGAGGAUGAAAUCAAGAGAAGUUGGGACUUAGUGAAGGUGGAUGAUGACGGAGAUAUGAGUUUACUGGCAGCAAGCAUCAUUGAGAGUCGAAAGAAAAGAACAGCGCAGAAAAAUAUCACUCCCUAUCAAAGAGGCAUAAUUCGUACGAUGGUUCUUGUCUUGGAUUGCAGUGAAGCUAUGUUGGAAAAAGACAUGAGACCAAACCGCCAUGUUAUGAUGGUUCAAUACGCUAUUGAUUUUGUUCACGAGUUUUUUGACCAGAAUCCGAUUUCGCAGAUCGGUAUUGUGAGUAUGAGGAAUGGUCUUGCUCAGCUGAUUACGGCAGUUAGUGGUAAUCCACAGGAUCAUAUAGAUGCUUUGAAGCUAAUGAGGAAACAGGAGCCGAAGGGCAAUCCUUCUCUGCAAAAUGCGUUGGAAAUGUCAAGGGGAUUACUGCUACCAGUGCCGGCACAUUGUACCAAAGAAGUUCUCAUAGUGUUUGGUUCCUUGUCGAGCGCCGAUCCCGGCGAUAUUCAUCAGACCAUAGCGUCUUUGGUUCAAGAAUCGAUUAGGGUAAAAGUGAUUGGAUUAGCGGCGCAGGUAGCCAUAUGUAAGGAGCUUUGCAAACAGACUAACUAUGGAGAUGAGAACUUUUAUAAGGUGCCACUUGAUGAGACGCACUGUAAAGAGCUAUUUGAUGAAGCUGUCGUACCGCUUCCUGUAAAUAAGAUUAACAAAGGUUUCACAUUAGUUAAAAUGGGGUUCCCAACAAGGAUUUUUGAGGAGUCCCCAACUUUUUGUUCAUGCCAUUCGAAAUUGACUUAUGGCGGUUACAUAUGUCCCAAUUGUCACAGUAAAGUAUGUUCAUUACCUACAGUGUGCCCCUGUUGUAACCUCAUGUUGAUCUUAUCUACACACUUGGCCAGAUCAUACCAUCACUUAAUGCCGUUAAAAACAUUUAAAGAGGUUGCAGCCGAUAAGGAUUUCCCUACAGAGAAUUGUUUUAGUUGCCAGCUCAAAUUUCCAACGAUAAAAAAUUAUAAAACCGGCGAACUUUUGACAAGUUCUCGUUAUAGAUGUGAAAAUUGUCACAAGGAUUUUUGUAUCGACUGCGAUGUAUUCAUUCAUGAGACUCUACAUAACUGCCCCGGCUGUGAGUCCGAACCAGUUAUAAUGUAA